CACAACAACACGACAAAAUGGCCAUCGACAGCGAAAACUUCAAGUUCGACACCGUCCAAUUCGACCCAAGAUUCCCUUACCAAAACCAGACCAAGCAUUGUGCCCAAUCGUACGUCGAUUACCACAAGUGCGUUUCCGUCAAGGGUGAAGAAUUCGAGCCAUGCAAGAUUUUCUUCAAGACCUUCACCUCAUUGUGUCCUGUCGACUGGGUGGAAAGAUGGGAUGACCAAAGAGCUGCCGGCAAGUUCCCUGUCAACAUGGACGUCUAAAUGGAACCAAAACAGUUAUCCACUAUUCAUCUUUCACCAAUUACAUUUGUCUUUAUGGCUUACGAUUACUUAGCGGUUCCAACGUGAUUCUUCAAUUGGCAUUACAAAGACUCCCUGGA